AUGAAUUCCGUUCGCCAGUCAUGCCGACCGAAACAUCAAGUCCUGAUAUUAAAAUGCUACCCCCGGUUUCAGAAGGGCGUACAGUCCGUCAAGCCCAAUUCGUCGGAGCUCAGUUAUUUACUCUACUACGCGAGCACCCGCCGUAGCAAGCUCCAAAAGGUCGGUGCGUUCCUAGAAAAGAGAGCCGCUAGGGACGUCUGGAGGGGGAAGCUUGGCAAUGUUCAGGUUACCCUCCAGAUCCUCGCCGCGCUCAUCGAAAAAGUGCCACGCGAUUUGCCUCUGUACGCAAGAUCUAUCCUUACCGUACUUGAUAUUGUCCUCCGCUCUCGUGAAAUAAGCAUGGUGGAAGAGACAAUUCCAACCUUUGAGUUGUUCUGUCGUCAUCAGGACAGCGCCACACUUACGGCGGACCAUGAAUAUAUUAUACAAUAUAGGGAACUUGUGGGAACGUAUGCCAGUUUUGCGUCAACAGAGACGCCUGUUACUACGAAAACUCCAAUGAGCGCCCCCAUGGCCUUAAGAUGGAGGACUGUUGGCUUAAAAGCUAUCAAGAGCAUCGUUACAUCCGAGAUUUUAUCGACGGAUGGUGCCAAACAACUUAAUGUUGUUAUUCCCGUGAUUCUUCAAAACCUAUACGCUAGCGGCGAUCAUAGGUUGUCACCUUUACAGGAAAAAGCAAAAAGUUCGGAGAGGCUCGAAAGGGAGCAAUUUCGCCGCCGUCGCAUGAGUAUUUCUACUGUACAAACUGUGGAUACUAUCGACGGAAACGGCGAUCCGGAAUCCGCCUCUGGUUCCGCGGCCGACGCCGAUAUGAUGGCCGAAAUGGAAGCCCGCGUCCUCGCGUUGCGAUGCUUAGAGAAAGUGUUCUCCGGAACUAAUAGGGUACAGAUUCGGUUUGCUACGUCGCUUGUCUUAAGUUUCAUAGUCAGCAGGCGUCCGCCUCGAACGCAGGAGAAGCAACAAAGUGCUAACGGCAAAACCGAUGGAAAUUGGGCUACUAAUUUGCUGGAAGUUAUUGCCAACUGGUCACCAGUGCAAGAUCGUUUCAUCAUUCUCGUGACUUUGUUGGAGACGUUGGUGGAACGUCCCCUUGUCGACGGACGGCUCGAGCCACAACUUACGCUAGCCUCCAUGAUGGACUGGUUACUUGGUUCGUCGGUCAAUCUAAUCGGGCUUAGUGUAAUGGAUGUGUUGAUCGGUUUGCUCCAAUUCGUCCGUCAGCUUUUACAACUGGGGGAUGGAACUCAGACAUUGCUGCCGCACCAUGGGCUAUCUACAUUUAUAAAGCCAUUACCACAAAUGGACGAAACUGCUGCUACGAACUCUCAAACCAACGGCGAGAAUGAGAAAGCUCCUACGGCAGAUUCUCUGCGGCAUGAAUUGUUAGAACUACUUGAAAAGUGCAUCGGAAAUUUGGCGACACAUGUUUACUAUGGUGAUCAAGUCUCCGAUAUGAUUCGAACCAUCGUCAUACGCAUCAAACCAUCCCCCGCCUUAGAAGGGGAAAAUGCCCACCAUGAAUCAGAAUCAGAUAAUGCAAUUCAAAAGUCAAGUCCUUCACGGUCUGAUUAUACCGCUGAAAGCUACUUCUCGUCUUCAGCUGCACGAAUCACGGCGUUAAGGUCGGUUAAAGAUAUCUUGGUAGUUGCAAAUCUGCGAAAGUCUACCUCCGGGACUGAUCCAGAUGCGAGGAAUCGCGUUCCACUGCAUGUGUGGGAAGGUACUCACUGGCUACUGCAGGACCCCCAGUGGGAAGUCCGCAAUGCGUAUGUCGAUGCGUUCCUUUCUUGGCUUCAACUGGAAACGAAAAAGAGCGAUCUAAGAGUGCCUACCGAACAUACCAGAGUGUCAAAAAUGGGGAAUCGAAGGGAUACAUCUGACAUCCCAGAGAGGCUUGCGAGGAGGAUCGUGUCCACCGCCCCUCAGGAAGAAAACGUGGCAGCGUGUCAAGCUUCGAGCUUUCUUCAAUUGCUUCAUCUUACGAUCUUCGAUGUUGUUUCGGAGUCAUCCACCACUGAAUCGGAUAUCUUGAGGCUUUAUCUAUUACUAGUGAAUUUGGUAGAACACCUCGGAGUUAACGCGGCAAGGUACACUCUCCCAGUCCUAAUGAAGCUUCAGGAUAAGCUCCCAUCUUCGGUGUCAGCUACCAAAGCCCUUCACAUCGGCAGCUUGGUCCACGGCUAUCUUCUAGCGUUGGUGGAAAAGUUUGAUCUUGAAGGAACAAGACCCGCAGCCGAAAUCAUCAACGAAAUUUCAAAGCGAAAAAAGCGCGGUGUCUGGCUUGAUAAAAUCCAGCUACCACCACGACCGUUGCAUCACAUUCAACCUUCCCUUGACACGGUGAUCGAACAAGCAUCGCUUCCUCAACCGGAUAAAAACAUAUAUUCACGAUUUACUUCACUAGAAGAGCUGGUCAGGCAAAUUGAAUCCACCUACAAUUCGUCGUAUGUGUCUCCACCAAUAAGCCCUUCUAACUCUCCCGGGCGAUCAUUUUCGAUUCCAUCCUUAGGCCUCAACAAUUCGACCAACCCACAUGUUCCUGCAGGGUCUCAGCUACCAUUGCACGUUAAGGAGCAGAUGCUAGCCCCAUGGUCCAAGGAAGCAUGUCUAGACGCUAUUGAAAAGGAGAAGGCCAAGACAUCCUCUCUGAGCGGUUCGCGAACGGCAACCGGCGCCUUUGCUGCUGGCCUUAAUGCUCUCAAUAUGAGCGCAUACAAUUCUGGCCCAGGAUCCCCUACGGGCACUGCACCCUCGGCAAGUAAUCGUCAAGAUCGCCCAGUGUCUGCGGCAUGUGCACCGACUGGUAAUUUGGCUGGCUUUCAAAAGACUCGCCGUCAAAGUAUCCCCGAGCGCCGCGUGUCUCCCGCGGCUUCAAGUCGCGAUUCCACAGUUCGAGUUAACGAGCUUCGGCGAGUUCUGUCUGUGAUUAAUGGUAGCAAUGUGCGUCAUCCGAGUCCUUUACGCGGUCGCCACAGGGUGGAUAGCACGGUCUCUAGUACUGAAAGUAUGGUUAGCGAUAAUCUAUCUUUCUCCGAUGCCGGGACAGCUGCUGCUGACAGGCCAUUGUCUUCCCGAGAAAAUUUGACUGCACCUCGAGGAUUGAACAGAUACCAUGGUGGGCCUAACCAGCUUCAUGGUGACUUUGAACCCGAGUACAUCCCCCCUGUCCCUCCCCUACCUUCUUCAUUGGCUAUACCAGGUGGUUUCCCAGCUGAUUCGCGCAGCGGGUCUUCUGUUACUUCGCCAUCGCAUUCUCCGCCCCGGUCUGAUAGGCCUUCUACGGCACCAGGGCGUCCGGCACGAACGCACUCGAAAAGUAAAGGAAGUAACGCGUCUACACUACGCCAGAGCAGGUCUCUAAGCAGGAAGAAAUCCUUGGAUACAAGUCUACACGAGCGCUCCGAACGAAGGGCUACAGACUUAAAUGGAAUUCCCAGCGGACACUCUCAUGGCUAUAGCGAGGAUCUGGGCGAUAUUGGGAUUGCGAUCACGGCCGACACGACUGAGAUCGCUCCUCAUACCCAGGACCGCGCUGAUACGAGUAGCCAAUGGUCAAGACGUGAAGCUUCAAGAACCUUGAGCUUCGGUCGACGAGUGGACAUGGACAAAUUGUUAGAAGGGCUUUCCGCUCCCAAUGACGAUCAGCAGCCGAAUGGCACCGGCGAAGUCUCGGGAAUCAAGAUUGCUUCAGGUGGCGUGGAGGGUAGUUCCAGCUUAACGCGAAUGGGAAAGAAACCAUCCUUCCAAUCAAUGAACGAUGAGAAAAAAGCGUCGUAUUCGCGAAAAACUAGCUUGCUCUCCCCCGGCGCAGCUCCUUGGAAUCGGCUUUCAAGUGAUCGAGGGGGAAUCGGUCCACCUCCUUACUGA